UUCGCUCUCAGACAUGGGCACACCGCAGAAGGAUGUUAUUAUCAAGUCAGAUGCACCCGACACCCUAUUAGUGGAGAAGCAUGCAGAUUAUAUAGCAUCCUAUGGCUCAAAGAAAGAUGAUUACAUUCUUACUCUCUAUGGUAGUAUUAAUGUUAUUGAUGUAAAUAAAGUUGUGGAAUAUGUUCAGAGUCUACAGAAAGAAGAUGGUUCUUUUGCUGGAGAUUUUUGGGGUCCCACUAAGCAGCUGGGAGAAAUCGACACAAGAUUUUCUUUUUGUGCGGUGGCAACUUUGGCUCUAUUGGGGAAGCUGGAUGCUAUUAAUGUGGAAAAGGCGAUCGAAUUUGUUUUAUCAUGUAUGAACUUUGAUGGUGGAUUUGGUUGCAGGCCAGGUUCUGAAUCCCAUGCUGGGCAGAUCUAUUGUUGCACAGGAUUCCUGGCUAUUACUAGUCAGUUGCAUCGAGUAAAUCCUGAUUUACUUGGUUGGUGGCUUUGUGAACGACAGCUUCCAUCAGGUGGACUCAAUGGAAGGCCAGAGAAGUUACCAGAUGUAUGGUAUUCUUGGUGGGUGUUGGCUUCCCUAAAGAUAAUUGGAAGGCUUCAUUGGAUUGACAGAGAGAAACUGCGCAGUUUCAUUUUAGCAUGUCAAGAUGAAGAAACGGGAGGAUUUGCAGACAGGCCAGGAGAUAUGGUAGAUCCUUUUCAUACUCUAUUUGGAAUUGCUGGAUUGUCACUUUUGGGAGAAGAACAGAUUAAACCUGUUAGCCCUGUUUUUUGCAUGCCUGAAGAAAUACUUCGGAGAGUGAAUGUUCAGCCUGAACUAGUGAGCUAGAUUAGUUAGAUCCCUUGAUGCAAAAGUUGCUUAGUGUAGUUUUACUGGUUUAACAUUUCAGUAUUUGAAGUGCUUAACAAACUUAAUGGCUGCCAUGUUCAUAUUUUGUACAUGAAUUGUGUUGAUUGUAAUAAAUUAUAUAAUUAUACAUAUUGUAAAUUAGAGACCUUUAUUGUAUCUUCAGCCUUCCGCUUUCUUCUGGAAUGCUGUUAUUCUGAGCGUAAUAUUUUGUUUAUGCUUCAAUGUAUUUAUCUUCUUUGUCUCCAUAACAGCAAACUGAGUUGAACUCUAUUUAGCUGAUGAAAUCUUGUGUUCUGAUUUUCCCAUGUACUCCCUUGAUAUGUUAUACAUAACUAUAGUUAAUAUAAAUUGGUCUUUGUCAAUGAGAAUGUUAACUGAUAAAGA